AUUUGAACAAGACUUUUAGUCGUAAAGAUAACACAAUAAUUGAUUGCAGAGACUUUUGAGAAACACUUCAUGCGAUUAGUGUCUAUCAUACCAAUUGCAAAAUCCCCAAAGAGCAGCCUCAUCACAGAAAACCACUAGAAACCAUCCGUUAUUUUCACAUAAACCUAAAACAUUGUAAUUGCGGUUUUCACAUUCCGUGACUUUUGAAAGUAGUGCAAAAAGGUUCAUCUUCAAUGGUUUUAAGCUGCGGUUAGCAAGCAGUGAAUUGGACAUGGGAGUGGAGGAGAGACCAAGAGCCACUCCUGAUGAAACUGGCAUCAGCAGUUGCUACAACUCAACAUCAACACUCAUCAGGAACCCUGAUGGCUCCCUAACAGUGGAACUCAGGAAAGAAGUGAAAACCUCCGUUGAGUACAACCCGUACGAGCACCGAAAUGUGCAACACCCCAACGGAUUUGCGGGCGCUUUUCUCCACAUCGUUAAAACUUCCCUUGGCACCGGCGUUUUGGCCAUCCCGCGCGCCUUUAAGAGUGCAGGGCUUUUAGUGGGACUGUUUGGUUGCAUUUUGGUGGGAACGAUUUGCGCCCACACCAUUCACAUCCUGGUGAGGUCUUCUCAGAAGAUUUGCAAAAAAACGAGAACGCCCAGCCUGGGGUUUGCCGAUACUGCCGAAGGCUGUUUCAAAUUGGGGCCCACAUGGCUCAGAAGAUACUCUUCAGCUGCAAAGAUCUUCGUCGAAGCAGGGCUGUUUUGCGUUCAUUUCUUAGCCGACUCUGUCUACUUGGUUUUCAUUUCCAUUAGCAUUAACAAGUUGGUUUCAGCUCACUAUCCUGAAAUCGAGUCCUGGGGCGAUUAUAGCAUAAAGUUGAUUCUGUUGGUGCCGUUACUGAUUUGCGCUCAAAUCAGGGAGCUGAAGCACUUGGUGCCUUUUUCCUUUAUCGCCAACAUAAUGCUGUUGGUCAGUUUUUCAAUCACUGGUUAUUACAUGUUCUCGGGCAUCACUGAGGUGAAGCUGCAGGACCGAAGUUUGGCUACUGGACUAUCAGGAAUUCCCUCAUUCCUCAGCACAGUCCUCUUCUCCAUGGAGGGCAUCGGCACCAUAAUGCCAGUGGAAAACUCCAUGAUUACCCCCAGAUUCCUGGGAUGCGCUGGGGUGCUAAACGCAGCCAUGGGUGUGAUAAUUGUCGUGUUCACAGCCAUCGGUUUCUUCGGCUACUAUCGGUUUGGGGAGGAAACUGCCGCCACCAUAACAGCCAAUUUACCCAGCCAGGAAAUCCCGGCUGAGAUCGCGCAAGCCGCCAUCACUUUGGCAGUGUUCUUCUCCUUCAUGCUGGUCUUCUAUGUGCCCGUCGACAUUGUCUGGAGCCGCCUGAAGCACCACAUUCCCCACUCCCGAUGGAACCUCAGCCAGAUCCUGUUGCGCAGCCUGCUAAUUGUGAUAGCCACAGGUGCGAAGUCCCGAUUGUUUUCACCUAAAACUCCUGCUGUACUUCCAGGCAUUGCCAUUGCUGGAGGUGACAAUUUGGGGCUGCUCAUCGACAUAGUAGGAGCGGUGUUUCUGUCCAUUCUCGGCCUGUUUGUCCCCGCCUUCUUAGAGGUGAUCGCCGACUGGGAGGACGGCUGGGGAACUUUCCAUUGGCGACUCAUCAAGGACUUCGUAAUUAUGGCUCUGGCCCUGUUCGGCCUGGUCUCCGGCCUGUUCUCCGCGAUUAAAGACAUGUAGGCCCGCACACGUUUCCUCUUUUUUCCCGAUUUAUUUUGUAUACGCAGGAACAUUUUUGCCGAAUGUUUGCCAUCAGCAUUUACGUCAGAUGAGACAAUUUUGAAACACCUUCGGUUAUAAUUAGAUUUCUAUAAGUUGUGCGAUAAAUUUUGAUGGAAUGAUGCAGUGGAUUUGUUUGUUUGGCCACUUAGCGAUUGAUCCAGAUCUCCAGAUAGUCAGCUAAGGCACUUUUAACUGCAAAUGGGUGAUGGUCGGGUUCAAUAUCCCUAAAACCGCCUUAGGAAGGUACAAUUAAAAGUUUUUUUUUAGUU